UACAAAAUAAAUUAUAGAAAGAGAAAAAAACAAAAACAAAUUGAGUAUAUAAAUAAUUAUAUUGUACACUUGGCACAGAAGAUGACUCGUGAUGAAAGGAUGAAAAGACGUAGGCUGCGUUCCCCAGUUACGUCACAAGUAAGUGAGAUUGAGGAGGGAGUGGAAAAAAAGAAGGAAGGAAGGAGGAAGGAUGAGCGCUGUGUAGAUAAUGUUUCUCUAUGUAGCCUGUGAUUUACACCUGCAAUGAUCUAAUGCAAAGCAAUACAGACCCUUCUCUAAAAGCCAUAAAGCAGCCCGCAAAUGUGAUGCACAGAUUUGCACAAUCAAAGCGACAUCGCGCUUGUACCGGGUGGAUGUUAUAUUUAAACUCUCCGUGAACGGAUAUUGUGUUUAUUUUCUUCGGGUCGGUCCUGCUGGAGCUGCACCGGGCCUUUGCUAUGCAGUAAUGGAGCAGCUAUUAUUUCUUGUAAUUUUCUUGCUUCCUACUCUCAUCUCGUCUAUACAUAAUUCAACGACCGGAGGAUGUGCAAUCAUUCGUCCCCCCAGAGACGGAGGGAUUCGCUACAGAGGACUGACUCAGGAACAGAUCCGCAGUGUGCAGAUCUUGCCGGUAGACUAUGAGAUAGAAUAUAUCUGUAGAGGAAGCAGAAUUAUUGUGGGGCCCAAGGUCCGAAAAUGCCUCCCCAAUGGCACCUGGACUGACAUGAACCAGCUCAGCAGAUGCUUAUUGGUUUGCCCGCGUUCCUGGAUGUCUCUGGAGAACGGGAGGGUGGCGCUGCUGCCCCCUGGACAACCAGUAGAGGGCACAGUUCUUCACUACAGCUGUCAUGCUGGCUUCCUAUUGGAGGGUUUCAAUAUCUCACACUGUACCAAGCUGGGCAAAUGGGACUCACCUAAACCGUUCUGUGUCUAUGACAGUAACUAUACAGGAAAGAAGAAACUGUACAUCGGAGCUCUGUUUCCCAUGAGUGGAGGAUGGCCCGGUGGUCAAGCGUGUCUCCCCGCAGCCCAGAUGGCUUUAGAUCUCGUGAACAACCGGACCGAUAUUCUGCCGGACUACGAGCUGGAGCUCAUUCAUUACGACAGUAUGUGUGAUCCAGGAGAGGCCACUAAGCUGCUGUACGACUUGCUGUACACAGAGCCCAUAAAGAUCGUCUUGAUGCCAGGUUGCAGCUCUGUGUCUACGCUUGUGGCCGAGGCGGCACGCAUGUGGAACCUUAUAGUGUUUUCAUACGGCUCCAGUUCUCCAGCUUUAUCCAACCGCCAGCGCUUUCCCACUUUCUUCCGUACGCACCCGUCAGCAACUCUGCAUAAUCCCACACGUGUGCGGCUCUUCCAGAAGUGGGGAUGGACAAAGAUUGCCACCAUCCAGCAGACCACUGAAGUCUUUACCUCAACUUUGGAUGAUCUGGAGGAGCGUGUGAAGGAGGCCGGCAUCGAGAUAAGCGUUAGACAGAGCUUCCUCACGGAUCCCGCAGUGGCUGUCAAAAACCUGAAGCGUCAAGAUGCUAGAAUCAUAGUCGGCCUCUUUUACGAGACUGAAGCCAGAAAGGUGUUUUGCGAGGUCUUCAAAGAGAAACUCUAUGGUAAGAAGUACGUAUGGUUCCUCAUCGGCUGGUACGCAGACAACUGGUUUAAGAUCAAAGAUCCAGCCAUCAAUUGCACAGUGGAGAACAUGACGGAAGCCGUGGAAGGGCACGUCACUACUGAAAUCGUCAUGCUAAACCCGGAGACCGUCCGCGGUGCCUCCAACCUGACCUCCCAAGAGUUCCUGGCCCAGCUGAUGUCACGUCUUGGGGGGAAGAAUCCGGAAGAAACGGGUGGAUUUCAGGAAGCUCCGCUGGCGUAUGAUGCUGUGUGGGCUCUUGCACUGGCCCUCAAUAAAACGGUGGCCCCUCUGAGGGCCAAAGGCUGGGCAUUGGAGGAUUUCAACUACAACAACAAGGAAAUCACUGCUGAGAUUUACCGAGCCCUCAACACCAGCUCGUUUGAAGGAGUGUCUGGUCAUGUCGUGUUUGAUGCUCAAGGUUCACGUAUGGCCUGGACUCUCAUUGAGCAACUGCAAGGUGGGAGCUACAAGAAGAUUGGAUACUAUGACAGCACAAAAGGCAACCUGUCCUGGUACGGAAAUGACAAAUGGAUUGGCCUCGGCCCUCCGGCAGACCAGACCAAGGUGAUUGAGGAGUUUCGUUACCUUUCCCAGAAGCUCUUUGUAUCAGUGUCUGUCUUUGCUGGGCUGGGAAUCCUUCUGGGCAUAGUUUGCCUUUCCUUCAACAUAUACAACAGUAGCGUCAGAUACAUUCAGAACUCUCAGCCCUAUCUGAACAACAUGACGGCGGUGGGUUGCGUGCUGGCAUUAGCAGCUGUCUUUCCUCUGGGCAUCGAUGGCCUCCAUAUCCAAAGAUCACAGUUCCCCGUGGUGUGCCAGUUUCGCCUGUGGCUGCUUGGACUAGGCUUCAGUUUAGCCUAUGGCAGCAUGUUCACCAAGAUCUGGUGGGUUCACACCGUCUUCACCAAGAAAGAUGAGAAAAAAGAGAAGAGAAAGCAUUUGGAGCCGUGGAAGCUGUAUGCGACCGUUGCAGUUCUGCUUGCUAUUGAUGUUCUCUCUCUGCUUAUCUGGCAGAUCGUGGACCCUCUGCACAUAACUGUGGAGAAGUUCACUAAAGAGGCUCCUAAAGAAGAUCUAGAUGUGUUGAUUCAGCCUCUUCUCGAGCAUUGCAGUUCAGAGAAGAUGAACACGUGGCUUGCCGAUGUUUUUGUGAUUGGUAGAAUAGCACAGAGUAGCUCAUUUCACUCCAGUGCUGUUGAGGUCAGAGAGGAAAUAGACUUGUGGUGCUCUGGACGUUGUCCGGACAGUCAUGGCAGUCAGUUCAUUGCUCGCAGUUAUCUGUCUGUGCUGUGCAUGAUUACUGCUCCGGUGACCAUGAUCCUCUCCUCUCAGCAGGAUGCUUCAUUUGCAUUCGCCUCUCUGGCCAUCAUCUUCUCUGUCUACAUCACCCUCGUGGUGCUCUUUGUGCCCAAGAUACGGCGUUUGAUCACUCGUGGCGAGUGGCAGUCGGAGCAGCAGGACACGCUGAAAACCGGCUCGUCCACCAACAACAACGAUGAGGAGAAGUCAAGACAGCUGGAGCGCGAGAACAGGGAACUCCAGAAGAUCAUUCAAGAGAAGGAAGAAAGAGUGACGGAGCUGCGGAGUCAGCUUGCAGAACGCCAGGCCUUGCGCUCUCGCAGACGCCCGUCUGUCCAGAAUCAGAACCAGAACCACAGCGUCCCGUCGUCUCAGGCUGAACCCCCCAACUACUGCCCCGCAACAGACAAACAGUCCCUGCCUCCGUCCUUCUCCAAUUCUUCCAACCUGUACCAGGGCGAGGGCAAACUGAGCCGAAACAACUGCCACAACAGCCGUCUGCCCCUGCUGUACAAAUGAGUCCGGGAUGGUGGAAUCUCAAGAAGGCAAUGUAAAGAUGUGUCUGUAGUUUAUGUACUUUAUUUUGAAGUCGAUGAGUUUUUACCUCCACUUUCAGGUUCCUGACCCUGACUUCCUAAUUGUUCACUUUUGAUAACUCUUAUCUCAGUUAUAAAAGCACAAUAUUUUUUUUG